AAGUGUGUGAGCCCAAAGAAGGUAAAGGUGGAAGAAAAGGAGAGAAUAACGUCGGCCCGUGACGGCAGGAUCAUCCUCAGAGAUUUUUAUUUUUAUUUCCCAAAAUUAAAUUCAUGUAACCCUUAAUCCAGCCACAAUCUAAAUCACUCGUUCGCUCUUCUGUAAUCCGAUUAUUGAGGGUGGAAAUUCAAUAUCGACUCAAAGACCGUCGAUAUUAUAAGCUUUGAGGUGUCAAUAAAAAAAAAAGAAGAAGAACAAGGAGAAGAAGAAGAAGAAGAAAACAGGUGCACACCGUUUCCCGAAGGCCUUGCGAAACGGAAAAAGUGAUAAAUACGAAAACGAAAGAGACGCCAAAGAAUAAUAAUAAUAUUAAAGAAAAGUGAUAAGUAACUUUCCUUAUUCCGUUGUUUCAUUUCCCACAAUCGCAAUAGCCGGUUUAUACAAAAUUGAAACAAAGAGGGACGAAUAAAAUUAAACGCAUUUUUUUACCGAGGAAGUAAAGAAAAUCCGUAACCAUGAUUCUGUUCGGUAUAAUUAUUCCUAGAGUGAGGAACUUUAAUCGUUGCACAAGGAAAAUGCAGAUUCGUAAGUCGCGAAUUUUUUAACCAGCAGUGCGGACGUUGUUUUUUUUUUAUCCCCCCCGUAACGUUUCCUGCUUUUUUAUUUUCAUUUUCUUUUUUCCAUUGUUUUUUCUUACGAUCUAUACUCUUUCAAAUGUAUUUUAAUCGCUAAAUUCUAUUGCUAAUUUUAUCGACGUUGUUGCAUUGUUAAUAAAAAUUUUUUAAAAUUUAAAAAAGAAAAAAAAAACAAAAAAAAAAACAAAAAAGAACAAAAAAGAACAAAAAAAAAAAAAAAAAAAAAAAAUACAAAACAAAACAAAAAAGAACCCGCGUGUCACUCCUUGUGAAAAAAAUCUCAUCGUCUUCGAACAGCGCGCGCUUUCGUUCGGAUAGUUGUGUUAUUUUUUUCCGACGUUGAGGAAACAAAAAAAGAAAAAAAAAACGUGAGGGUCAAUCAAUCAAUCAAACAAACCAGCAACCAACUAACACAGGUGGAGUAAAUAAGGUAACGUUCGGAGAGAGAGAGAUAGAGAAAAAAAGAAAACAGAAAAGAAAAAAAAAAAUCGUAACAAUUUGAAGAAGUAUCGUAUAAAAGGGAGAAGAGCAAUCGAAGUGCAUAAAUAAAGGAAGGGGUAAAGGACACCCCGACUCCUCCUAUCUCUGUCCCUCGAAUCGCGAGGGCGUCAUUCCUCAACCCCGCGGCCUUGGAUCGUCGAGGUAGCCGCAGGCUGAGGAAAGUGCACGGGGCGAAUUGUGCACGAUAGCACCUCUGGUGCCGGCAGCCGUGGGUCCCGGUGGUACGGGCACCAUGGCGGCAUCAUCGUCUUCCUCGAGCGGCGAACAACAGUAUUCCCUGCGCUGGAACGACUUCCACUCCAGCAUACUCAGCUCGUUUCGUCAUCUCCGGGACGAGGAGGACUUCGUCGACGUAACGCUCGCCUGCGACAGCAGCAGCUUCACCGCCCACAAGGUCGUGCUUUCGGCCUGCAGUCCAUACUUCCGGAGGCUCCUUAAGGCCAACCCAUGCCAGCACCCCAUCGUUAUUCUAAGAGACGUUGCAUCCUCGGACAUGGAGUCCCUCCUACGGUUCAUGUAUCACGGGGAGGUUCACGUUGGACAGGAGCAGCUCACGGCCUUCCUCAAAACCGCGCAAAUGCUUCAGGUCAGAGGACUCGCCGACGUCAACAGCGGAGCAACAAAAAUACCACCCCCGUCGUCGAGCGCGAACAACGGUAGCGCGCCCACGACGCCUCGACUUCCUUGGCAGGAUAACGGAAGAGGCGACGGACUUCCGGCAAACGAGAGCGGGCUGAGUCCGCCGCCCGAAAAAAGACCACGCAGCUAUUCGCCGCCCCUCGGUAAUCACGUCGAGACAAAAUCCGAUCUUCAGGAAUCACUCCUCGGUCAGGCCCUUGAAGGCGGUCCGACGAUACACACAACGCCGAGCAACAACGUGCAGAAGGGGAAUCACGACAAUUCACUUCAGGCGCAGUCGACGGGCGAAGACUCGAACUCUUUGUCUGACAACGAAGAAGACGCUUCUAUCAACGAGAGUAUUCUUAAUUCCGUUAAGACUGAGCCUGCAGAUAUGUUGAACGACCCCGUGGAGCAUCAUCAUCGCAACACAUUUCCAGCCGCUCUUCUCGGUCUUCAAGGACUGAUGCCGGGACCCUCGGGAAUCCACGCGGCGAAUCAGGACCCGAGUUAUGUAGCCCGCCGAGGACUCGACAUGAUGCGAGUCAGAGCUACGGAUCCGCGGCCUUGUCCGAAGUGCGGGAAGAUAUACAGAUCGGCUCACACGUUGCGGACGCACCUCGAGGACAAGCACACGAUAUGCCCGGGGUACAGAUGCGUGCUUUGCGGAACGGUCGCGAAGUCGCGUAAUUCCCUGCACUCUCACAUGUCGCGUCAGCAUCGAGGGAUCAGCACGAAGGACCUGCCGGUUCUGCCGAUGCCGAGUCCCUUUGACCCCGAGCUUGCAUCACGGCUGCUGGCAAAGGCGGGGGUCAAAGUCUCCCCGGCGGAGCUGCGCGCCAGGGCGAGUCCCACGGGACCGCGUCGAGGCGACAUGCGUCUGGAACUGCCGAGAGGGGCGCCCUCGGAAACCGGAAGCUCGGUGUGCGGAGGCGACGAUCCCGAGGACCUGACGCUGCCGCUGAGCUUGCGAUACGGCUCGCCGACGCCGAACAACAACACGGUGAUAACGAAGGUGAACAAGGCGUCGGGGGCGAUCGCGGCCAAGUCCCACGACACCCUCCACGUCACCCGGGAGCCGAACACCGCCCCCCUUCAGCCCCCGGGGCACCACGGACCCGGGCAUCACAACAGCGCGACGGGGUCGGCGAUACUCGACACCUACCUGCAGUUCAUCGCCGAGAAUUCGGGACUUACGAUGGGCCUCAGUCCCGAGCAGGCGACGGCCGUCGCCGCGGCCCACGCCGCGAAAAUGGCGCAGAUGAGCGCAAUGGACAAGCUGGGGGGUCGCGGCAUCGAGGAUUAUCCCAUGAUAGGGAGGGACGAGGGCAGGGGACCCGGCGUCGUCCACGAGGAUAGAUCUGAGGUCCAUCUGCAACACACGCCGUUGGACGAAGGCGAAUCGUCGGGCGCCGAGGAGGACGACUUCAGCGACAACGAGGAACCGGAAGUCGUCAAGGCCGAGUAGGAUUACGCGGGAUGAGUCGAACCACGUGCUCGAUUCGAUAUAUAUAUAUAUAUAUAUUUAUAUGUAUAUAUGUAUAUUAUAUUAUAUAUAUAUUAUAUAUAAUAUAUUAUAUAUAUAUAUAUGUAUAUAUUUUUUUAUAUAUAUAUAUAUCGUAACAACGGGGGAAAUUAAGAAAGGAUUAAGAGAAUCAAAGAGUUCUCUGUGCGAUUUAAGCGAACGCCGAGCCAAAGAAGUCUCACGAACAAGGAAUAUUUUAGAAAGAAAAUAGAUGUAUUUGGACACGAAGUUCUCUUUUUAAAGUCCAGAGACUGACUGUUUUUACAAUAAUGUCGGUUGACGCAGCAACCUUAUUCUUUUGAAAGACAUAAGAGGUUUAUAAACGUCUUUUAUCUAUGAUGACUACUAGAUCAUUUAAAAGGGGACAAAACGGGUGAUUUCACCCUUUGUAACAAUAUAUAUAUCGAUCCGGCGAAGACCAAACACACGCGGACACUGGUCGAGAAGUGGGAGGAAGAGAACUACUCGACGGCGAAAGGGGGUGCCGGAUGAGGAGGUGAUCGCGAUUGUGAUCAACUGCGAGAAGAGAAGAUGAAAACAGAAACGAAAACAUGAGUUCUUUCGGUAACGAUAAUACCCAUAUUAUUAUUAUUAUUAUUAAUAUUUUCUGUUUUAUCACGUCUAUAUACGUAUACGUCGCAUCGGCGAUGCUUGAAUCUCACGCGGGGGUAACAGAGGUAGGUAGAGCGUUUUCUAUCACCGAGUCCCGUAUUGUACGUAUACAAGGGCAAAAAAAAAAAAAAAAAAAAAAUUAUCUUUAUUAUACAUAUUAU